AUGAAUAUUCAGAAACCAUUCACUGAAUUGAGCAAGCCACUGGAAGGUGGGGUCCUGGAAGACGCGGCCAAAGGGCCAACCGAAGCGAUGGAUUUAAAAGGCGGCUACCGUCCAUCUUCCGGGUCAUUGCAGGAAUCCAAGGAACCGGCAUCUAACAACCAGCAGGGGGAGGCGAAAUUCGAGGAAAUGAUUAGGGGUCUCAGCGAGGAGUUUCGCAAACUCAAACUCGAGAAUGUCCAGCUGAGAACUUCUACUCAAGACCUACUGGCAGAAAAUGCCGCCUUACGGGAAGCGAUCCAGCAAGAACAAAAGGAGAACACUGCCCUCCAGCGAGCCCUUCGGAAGGAAGAGGAGGAAAGGUUGGUUGCACGACGUUUGUUAAAUAGGGCACGGGAACGGCAAGAAGUGGUGCGCGUCAUGGAUCGACAAGCACGGACAGAGACGGAUGCUCUAAGACGUCAGUUAUCAGCCAAGGAGUUGGAAAUCAAAGCGAUCAAGAGAGAAUCGAACGAAAUGGGGCCAGAUUCACUCAAGGUUACCGGAUUACCGCAAGGAUGUCAAGCCAAGAUGGCCACAGAGGGUGACGUCCAUUCACUUUUGACAGCCCUCAACACAGAAAUCAUGGAGACGUGUUUGGCCAUUGUCCAUUCUGAAUCCUUUGCCUUCGCACGGCAACCUACCAAAAACAUCGAUGAGGAAUGUUUUGAUAUCAUAACUGAACACUUCCCGGAAUCUGUGAUGGGCUGGCUUCGUGAGCAACUGAGCAGCAUCGAUCACUUGGCAUUAGAAAUAGUGCUGAAGGACGCACUUGUGGCGGCAUCAUCCUGGGUCAUCUCAGAACGGGAUCCAGAUCUUGAGGGCAUCGAGCCCACAGAGGUUCGACCUCCUAAGUUCUCUGAUGGUACUACGGAUCUAUGGGGUUGGCUGGUGCACAUCGCUGCCAGGGGCUCUCCAUGCAAUGCCUUGCGCCACACAUUGCAACGGAGCAUAUCGAAAGUCCUUAUCUGGACCGUGAUGAGACCUGCCGGAUAUGUUUCCAAUGACACAGUCGUUCAUGAAUUCAGCCUCAAGACAAGUGAACAGCUGACCACGAUCAUCGACCUGGCUUUACGACUCAAUGAGAUCCUCAGGAGGGGAGGUGCAAAGGAGCUAUGGCUACUCCGGGGUGUUCCUGGCGGGGAAUUUGACUCCAACAUGAUGGACGACUUUGGAGGUCUUGAAGGGAACAACCAAAUAAAUGGCACCGUAGUCGGUACAACGGCUCUUGGAUUGUGCAGAGUUGUCAUCCGCCGCGACAUAUACUCCGCCGAACUUCACCUCGAUCCACUCAUCAAGCCAAAGGUGGUCCUCAGGUCUUUCCUUGACAGUCUGCAGCCAGAGGACGAGGGCGAGGAUGAAGAUUUGGACGAGGCCCCAGUGGAAGAUUUGGACGAGGCUUCGGUAGAGAACGCGGAUGAGGAUCUGUCGGAUGAUGCAGACGAGGCCUCGGUGGAAGAUUUGGACGAGGCUUCGGUAGAGAACGCGGAUGAGGAUCUGUCGGAUGAUGCAGACGAGGCCUCGGUGGAAGAUUUGGACGAGGCUUCGGUAGAGGACGCGGAUGAAGAUCUGUCAGAUGAUGCGGACGAGGCCUCGGUGGAAGAUUUGGACGAGGCUUCGGUAGAGGACGCAGAUGAGGCUCUGUCGGAUGAUGUGGACGAGUACUCGACUGAGGAUUGGGGGUAUCAUUGA